ACGAGGUUAGGGUUCGGCGGCGGCGGCGGCGGCGAUUCGGGGGCUGCGAAUCGCGUCCUCUUCGGGGCGAUCUCCUCGCGUGCGCUCGGGCUCGGGUUUCGAUACGAUCCUUCCCGUCGAAUCGCUCGUUUCUUUUGGCUUGGAUCGGCCUCGGUCCGCGUUCGUGCCUCGAUCGCUUCGGAUCGUUUUGAGACUUUCGGGGGGGUUGGGAGGCUUCGCCGCUCGAUCGCUACCGGCGGGGGUUGAAUCUGUUGCCGUAAAUUUCGAGCGACAUUAUCGUCUCCGGCUCUCGCGUUUUUUUCUUGUGCUGAAUUUGGAGGAGGGUUCGUUUGCGGAUGAGCGCCGGUGAUUUCUGGGUCGAUCCAUGGGGGUUCCUUCGUGAUUGAGAAGGGGGGUUUUUUUUUGGGGGGGGCGGGCGGUUUUUGUUUUUGAUUUCGUGAGGAGCUUCACUGUGCUGUGGAUGUAUCUUGUGGUUCUCAGAGAGGGAGAUUGGCUUGCGAACAUACCUAAGACGUCUCGGGGUGUUCUCGGGCCGCUGUCUCUGCUGCCUUUCGAGCAGGAAGCGGUUUCCUUCUGCACCCAGAGAGAUAGAUGGGAUAAGGCCUUCUUCGAGCUGCAGGGCGGAUAACUGGGAAGCUAUCGCCAGAGGUUUGAAAGGGUGUGGGGAUUUUUCUGGUUUUCUGGCGGCUGCGGCGGCGGCGGCAAUCCGCGAUGGGCUCGUCUCAAGGCUCCACUUUGUCGACUGAUGUGGCUGGGUUUGUCGAGGGAUCGUCGGCGCAUGGGAUGGUUAAGUACGUCGAUUCCCUUCCUGUUUAUGUGAAGGAGCUGAUUGCUGGGGGUGCUGCUGGUGGCUUUGCUAAGACUGCCGUCGCUCCCCUGGAACGGACUAAGAUACUUUUGCAGACAAGAACUGAGGGGUUCCAAUCUCUAGGGGUAUGGAGAAGCUUGCAGAAGUUGCUGGAGACUGAAGGUUUUAAGGGAUUUUAUAGAGGAAAUGGAGCCAGUGUCCUACGUAUUGUUCCUUAUGCAGCCUUGCAUUUUAUGACGUAUGAGCAAUACCGCUGCUGGAUCUUGAAUAACUAUCAAGUUUUAGGUUCUGGGCCAGUUAUAGAUCUUCUGGCUGGCUCGGCAGCUGGAGGAACAGCAGUAUUAUGCACAUAUCCGUUGGAUCUUGCUCGAACUAAACUUGCUUAUCAGGUUAAAAACACAGGAGCAACAUUGGGAAAUGGUGUAUCAAGCGUUGCUCUCCAGCCUGCUUAUGAUGGUAUUAAAGAUGUGUUGAGAAGUGUCUAUAAGGAAGGGGGAAUGCGCGGAUUGUACCGGGGUGUAGGUCCAACUCUAAUUGGAAUACUCCCAUACGCUGGUUUAAAGUUCUACAUAUAUGAGGAGCUUAAGACACAUGUUCCUGAAGAGCAUCAGAAGUCCAUUGUGAUGCGAUUAUCUUGUGGAGCUCUGGCUGGAUUAUUUGGACAGACUUUCACAUAUCCACUAGAUGUUGUCAGAAGACAGAUGCAGGUUGAAUCUCUGCAGCCCUCUGUUGGUGGACAUAUAUACAAGAACACGUGGGAUGGCCUCACUUCUAUAGUCCGUAAUCAAGGGUGGAAACAGCUGUUUGCAGGCCUCAGUAUAAAUUACAUCAAGAUUGUUCCUUCGGUGGCAAUUGGCUUCACAGCAUAUGAUACGAUGAAGAAUUGGCUUCGCAUUCCCCCUCGACAAAAGUCGCAGAAUGUGUCUACAGCAUGAAUUUCUGACGAAAAUCAUGAAGUGGUCCUCCGUUCUGUACAAUUGUCCAAUGUGGCUUUGUUUGUCCUUUUAAGAUGGCUGACAGGAAUUAUUCAUGUAGAACUCUAUUGCACUAAUAUGUUCCACUCUAAGAAGUGGAAAAUACUUUAUACAAUACCAUAUGAAAUAAAGUUUAUACAUUAUUCUGUGA